CUGAUCACAGGCCUAACGAAGCUUCAACUAUCUACUACAAUCAGGACAUUCGACUUGGUUAAAAUGACUCAUAAAUCAAUACAUACGACUAACCAUAUCAUCAAGUUCUCAAUAGCUCUGAGUGGGAUAGAGUCCCAGCGAAACUACAACGCCGAAGUGGUGGACUAUGACGGACAGAGCUACAGAGAUUGCUUUAUCAAAGGAGCAUAUGGAAUCAUACGCCAAUUUUUUCAUGGAACAUGUGCCAGAUGUUGCUGACAACUACGAACUGGCGAGUAAAGCUUUGGAGUUACUCGCAGUAGCUAGGAGACCUCUGAGUAUUCAAGAACUAGCGUGGGCAGUGGCGUUGAACGACGCGCCCUCUGCGUUACAUACUGUGUCGGCCCUGGGGGACAACUUCGUAGACACUGCGGAAGUCAUGCAAUUAAUCCAGCCCUUCAUAUUACCUGUCGAUCUCGAAAAACUACAGAAACAUCAAAUCAUGGUGCACCAAUCCGUCAAGGAACUUAUCCUUAUCAAAAGCCCUUUACGAUGGAACGACGCUAAUGGCUUGGUAAGGUUGCUGGUUGAUGAAGCUACAUUGAGCCAACGCCUCGAGACAUUGGAGGCGAACUUGUUGAAUUUAUGCGUCAGGUACCUUCUUUUGGACGAGAUAGGCGAAAACAGCCUCUUCUCGCCAGAGCAACUUGGUGCUGAGCUGCCUCAAAGCCAUGACCUUUUCGACGACAAUUUAGAUUCGUCAAGAUACGAUGCAACUUGCACAUGGGACGAGUGGGAGGAAGACAUGCUCUGCUACGAUCCUUCUGAGUGUGGUUUAGGUGGACUCUUCGCAUAUGCCUCUGUAUAUUGGGUAGACCACUUCUCUGUCGCCACGGCCCGAUCCAUGCCCGACAUACGGAUAAUAGAAAAGCUCUGCCAGAGAGGUUCGAAGCGGCUAGACAAUUGGUUAAAGCAGAAUUGCCGCCCCAAUUGCACUUUCAAGCCACGAUGGGAUGCCGAUUCUGAACUAUUCGACCCUCUAGGUGUGACUGCCUUAUACGGAUCAAGGGCUAUGCUAGACAACAUGCUCAUAACUUCUCAAUUCGAAAAGGAGGCGUACUUAGACAAUUCGGGUUUACAGGCGGCGCAUCACAUUGUUGUUAACCACCACUCGGCGGACCUUUUUAGGGUGCGAAUGCUCUUUUAUGCAGACAAACUUGGCUCCCAGCUACGAACAUCGGAGUUCUGCCGAACGGUGAUGAGGCAUUGGAGGACAGGAAAUCGGAACAGACCAGGAUGGCAUGAUGUCAUGGAGCUUUUCAUAAAGUGGUCGCUCUCCUGA